AUGGGGGUCAGCCCGAACUGGCACUUGGCUGGGUUUGAAAAUCAGCCUGUGCUGGCUGAGCCGCUCGAAAAGUGUCCGGAGCCGGAGCAUCACUCAAAGAGGCUUUCAUUUACUCCCCUCAAUCAGGAAACAUCCGACAGCACAGGCUCCCGUGUUGAGGCCACACAACAUGGCCAGUCGGGCACCCUGCCAUACUUCUUGGAGGAGCCGGACGACGCUUACGUCAUCAAGAGCAACCCCAUCAAGCUCCGGUGUCGGGCUCGGCCCGCCCUGCAGAUCUUCUUCAAGUGCAACGGCGAGUGGGUCCACCAGAGCCAGCACGUUUCCCAUGAGCACACUGACGUGGGGACAGGUUUUAAGCUCCGUGAGGUGAUGAUUAAUGUGUCGCGUCAGCAGGUGGAGGACUUUCAUGGCCCGGAGGACUUCUGGUGCCUCUGCGUGGCAUGGAGCCACCUGGGCACCUCCAAGAGCCGCAAGGCCACUGUCCGCAUCGCUUAUCUGAGGAAGAACUUCGAGCAGGAUCCCCAGGGCGCAGAGGUGCCAAUCAAGGGCAUGAUUGUGUUGCACUGUCGUCCCCCAGAGGGAGUGCCUGUUGCUGAGGUGGAGUGGCUGAAGAAUGAGGAGCCUGUGAGCUCUGGUGGGGUCAUUAAUACAAGAGCUGAUCAUACCCUCAUCAUCUCAGAGGCCCGCCUGUCUGAUUCGGGAAACUAUACUUGCUUGGCCAGCAACAUUGUAGCAAAGAGACGCAGCACCACAGCUACUGUGGUGGUCUAUGUGAAUGGAGGUUGGUCAUCAUGGACAGACUGGUCCUCGUGUAAUGUCCGCUGUGGGCGGGGAGUGCAAAAACGCUCACGCACUUGCACAAACCCAGCCCCUCUCAAUGGGGGAACAUUCUGUGAGGGCAUGUCAGUGCAGAAAAGCACCUGCAACACACCCUGUCCAGUGGAUGGUGGCUGGGGUGUGUGGAGUGAGUGGACAGUGUGUAGUGGAAACUGUGAGAGACAGCGAAGCAGACAGUGCACAGCUCCAGAGCCCAAACAUGGAGGUCGUAUCUGUGAUGGGCCAACAGUGAUGACAGAUAACUGUACAGGGGGGCUGUGCACACAGAAUCGAAAGUUGCUACACGAUGCCAAGGCACAGGGUGUGGAGACCAGCAGUGAUUGGGCCCUGUAUUCAGGCCUGGCUGCUGGGGUGGUGACAGUGGUGGUGUUGAUCAUCGCUGUCGCGCUGUACCGAAAGAACCAGAGUGAGUAUGGUGUUGAUGUCAUCGACUCCUCCGCCCUCACUGGAGGCUUUCAGUCUUUUAGCUUCAAGACCUCUCACCAAGGAAAUCCCCUGCUGAUUAACCCAUCAAUGCAACCUGAUCUAACAGUUUCUCGUACCUACGGCAGUCCACUGUGUUUUCAGGACUCCAUUGAUAAGGAAUUGAUGGCUGAAUGCUCACUGCUUGACCCUCUGCCAGACCUCAGGGUCAAAGGGCUGGCAGAGAGGGCGGAGUACCAUGUCAUGUGCCACCCCAAGACCCUCCCCAGAGGCAUGGCUUCAGACUACUGCGGCAUAGAAGUGGAAGCCACUCUGGGCAGAAGGGAAAAGAACCUCUUCAUCCCCAAGCCCCUAACUACCGCUGCCAAGCCUCCCCAUAAAACGACAGGGGUUUUUGGCUAUACAGGAGGCAGACUGGUGGUACCCAACACAGGUAUCAGUCUGUUGGUGCCUCAUGGGGGAAUAGCUGAAGGCACUACCUGGGAAAUGUACAUGAUCAUCAACCAGGAGGACAGCAGUACUGUGUCAGGGGAGGGCCAAGAGAUCCUUCUUAGUCCAGAGGUUACAUACGGCCCAUCGGGCCUCGACCUGUCCUGCCCUAUAGCCAUGACCAUUGCCCAUUGUGCUGAGGCUCCUGCUGAUAAAUGGAACAUACGGCUAAAGAGACAGAUGCAGGACAACAAGUGGGAGGAAGUGAUGUGUGUGGAUGAGGAGAGCACCUCCUGCUACUGUCUGAUGGAGGCCCAUAGCUGCCACCUGCUGUUGCAGCGCCCAGGCCGCUACGCCCUUGUGGGGGAACCACUGAGCCAGGAGUCUGCCAAACGGCUAAGGCUGGCCGUUUUUGGAAGCGUGGACACCAGCAACCCCCUAGGCUACACCCUUAGGGUCUACUGUGUGGACGACACACCCUAUGCAUUUCAAGAGGUGGCCAUGGUGGAAUGUGGAAGAGGGGGUCGACUCCUGGAGGAGCCGAAAACAUUGCUGUUCACGAGGAACACGUUCAGCCUCCAGGUGUCCAUCCAAGACGUCCCGCAGCUACUCUGGAGUAUCAAGCCUUUCGCCACCUGCCAGGAGUUCUCCCAUUCUCAGGUGUGGGCCAGUAACCAGCGUCCCCUGCAGUGUGCCUUCCCAUUGGAGCGCUACAGCCUCUCCUCGUCUCAGCUGUCCUGCAAGAUCAGCAUCCGGCAGGUCAAAGGUCAGGAGCAGAUACUGCAGGUCUACACGUCUCUAGCGGAGAAGGACAAGGGAGCGGUUCCCUUUUUCACUCAGUCGGACUGCACCGUCACCUUGCACAAAGGGUCAAGGGCGUCGAAAAUCCCUCUGUCUAUCCGUCAGCGAAUUUGUGCCACCUUUGACACCGCUAACGCCAAGGGGAAGGACUGGCAGCUGCUUGCUCAGAAGCUCCAUAUUAACAGGAACCUGUGCUACUUCGCAUGUCAGGAGAGCCCGUCAGCAGUGAUCCUGAGUCUGUGGGAAGCCCAGCACCAGGACUCAGGGGACCUGGACUCUCUGGCACUGGCCCUUGAAGAAAUUGGAAAAGUCCAGUCCUCCAAGACCUCCACACUGGGUUGCAACAAUGAGGAACUGGAAUCGAACUUCCGCUUGGCUUUGGUAGGGAAGUCCAGUUGUCAAGAUUGGGAUCGAAUCGUGAUGGACCUGUACGGCACGAUCACUGAUGAUCAGGAGUACCUGCUCACCUCCAGAAAGGAGAAGGAGACUGGCACCACCAGAGCAUAUCGGGAAAGGGGCAAUAAGCAUCCUGCACCCAUGUCUGAAUGA